CAGACGACUAAAAACAAAAAACAAAAAAAAACUGUAAAUUGUUUCAGUUUAAGCAACAAAAUACACAACAUUUUUGAAAAACUACAAAUUUAAGUAUGUUUUUGGACGCGUAUGGAGCUCCCAAGGAAGUUACGCCCGAAAAUCUGCAUGAGUACCCAUUCGAUUUGCAUGGCAUAAUGCUGCUAACAUCGGCCGAGCAUAAGGUAUUCAUUCCACCACGCUGGCAAGGCACUAUUUAUAGCACUGAGGAUCUCUUGCACAAUUAUCGGAAACGCUUCAAUCCCGAUCCCUAUUUGUUCACGUUUCAUGCAUUGACACCGUACGAGCCGGAAUUGAUUUGCUGCGAACGCGUAGCCGUGGAGAUAACUGUGCUGCCAGCUGGUCAGAGUAUUUUCAAGAACUCCGAGAUUGUUGUAUAUCUGGUUAAGUCGAGUGACAUUAACACGUUGAUCACCAAGGAGUUGGGCACUGAGCUGAACCUCUUUCCGCUCAAUCAUCCCUAUCACGCCCGCAUUAUGGAGGAGGGCAUCGACAUUGUCUAUGUGGAUGAUAAAAUUUAUAAUGGUGGUUCCUCUGUCGGCUCCGGAGGCAACGGCCAGCUCUUCAGCUAUCAACAUCAGCGUGUCUACAAUUUGCUCAACAAAUUGAAGCCCAUAAGCGUGAAGAGCCUGUCGGGCAAGCAGCUGCCUGAGGUGCUUUUCAGCCUGUGCCGCAAGAUCGGGACUACCAAUAAUAACAAUAACAACAACAAGCUAACAAACAGUGCUGGGGGGAAUAAGGUGAUGCCGUAAACUCUUACACUCCAUAUUUUCUGAACCAGUCCACACUUAAACCAUUUCCAUUGCACAGUGGAACAGGUCAUUAGGGUUGUAAGAAAUACAAUUAAAUAAUUAGUAUUAAACCAUAUAACCAUAGAGCGUAUACUAAUAUUUUAUUGUUUAAUAUUUGUGUUUGAAAGCCGAGACGCUUUCGCAUAACUUUGUAAAAAUGUAACUUGAAUAAGAAUAUUGUUGAUCUAAAGAGGUUAGCUAAAGAAAUACAUACCAAGUUCUUAAGAUUUGUAAA